CUUUGUAGCGGGACGCUCCUCGGCUCUGGGUUGCUUAGCGACUAGCCGCCCUUCCCAGCAGCUCGCCGCCUCUUCGCACAUGCGCGAACUGCAGACUUGGAAGGGGGCGCGUUCGCUUUGGCAUUUGUGUGUCCCUGAACCCGCCUGGGUCGCGUCUGGCGGCGGGAGGCUGGCCUCCUUGAGACUGGACGGAGGAGCGAGAUAAUGGUCUACAGUCAUGGCUUGCAGGGUCAUAAACAAAAGAAGGCACGCAGGACUUCAGCAGCUUUCAUCAUUUGCAGAAACAGGAAGAACUUUCCUAGGCCCAGUCAAAUUAUCCAAAUUUAUUAUAGAUGAAGAGAGUCACGAAAGCAUUUUAAUCAGUUCAACAGUAAGACUUCUUGAAAGUUUGGAUUUAACCAGCGCAGUGGGACAGCUUCUCCAUGAAACAGUUCAAGCACAACACAACACAUACAGAACCGGAACCAGUACUCUCUUGUUUCUUGUUGGCGCGUGGAGCAGUGCUGUCGAAGAAUGUCUUCAUCUGGGUGUUCCCAUUCCUGUGAUAGCGUCAGUAAUGUCGGAAGGCUUGAGCUCUUGCAGUGAAGAGGUGGUUUCCCUUCAGGUACCUGUCUCCAAUAUAUUUGACGAUAUGGACAACACAAAAACAUUUUCUGAACUUGAACCAUUUAGUGUUGGUUUAUGUCCAUUUCUCCAAGGCCCUUCAAAUACUCAUUGGAUACAGGAAGACUGUGAUCUGAGAGAUGUUCGCUCUCAACCACGGACCGUUUUCAGUCUUUCUGCGAGCGCUGUUAAGUCACCUAAAUUCUUCAAACCUCAGGUUAAGGUUGAAGCAGACCAAAAUACAUCACAAACUCUGAAAACCAGUGUCCUUGCAGAUACCUGCCACAGAAGGUCAGUAUUGAUCCACAGUAGGCAUUUUAACAGGAGGGGUAAUAAUCAGAUAAACAAACCAGAUGGUGUUCUAGAACAUCACGGAGCAGCUACACCCAAAACUUCUGGAUGUAACAGUCUGCUGGAGUUGGCAGUGGGCUUGAGUCAUGGCGACCACAGCAGCAUGAACUUAGUAGAAGCAGCAGCACGGCUACAGUGGCAGAGCGCACGUGUGCAGCCAGGCAGCCGCACGGUGCCUUUUACAUUUGACAUUUCAAGAAUCUACACAUGUUGUCUACCAGGUUUACCAGAAACGUUUUCUUGUGUUUGUCCAGGUUAUAUCACUCUCAUAUCAAUGUCUAGUAGUACUCUGGUCAGGGAAUUGCAGAAUCAGCCUGUCCGGGUAGUUCUCAUUGAAGGUGACCUCACAGAGAAUUAUCGCCACCUCGGAUUUAAUAAGUCUACAAAUGUUAGAACAGUAUUAGAUAGCGUGAAGCUUCAGGAAGACACUUCAGAAGAACUGUGGGCGAAUCACGUAUUACAAGUAUUAAGCCAGUUUGAUGUGAACCUUGUCCUGGUACAGGGAAACGUAUCUGAAUACUUAGUUGAAAAAUGCAGACAGAGUAAGCGGUUGGUGAUCGGCUCAGUGACAGACAGUGCGAUGCAGGCGUUUGCAGAGGCUGCAGGAGCAGUGCAGGUGGCCUACAUGACACAAGUGAAUGAAGGCUGUGUGGGCAGAGGGGUCUUUGUGACCUUCUGGAGAAGCAGUUCCUUGGAUAUUGUAGAUGGGAACAACAGAAUGGCGAUCUUGUUAAAAGCAGAAGGAAUUCGUUUGGUUACCGCAGUGCUCACUAGCCCAGUCACUGCGCAGAUGCAAACCAAGGAAGACAGGUUCUGGACUUGUGCCUACCGUUUGUUUCAUGCCCUAAAAGAGAAAAGAGUCUUCCUUGGAGGAGGUGCGGUUGAAUUUUUUUGUCUUAGCCAUCUUCACGUUCUCGCAGAGCAAUCUCCAAAGAAAGGAAACCAUGCCUGCUCAGGAUGGCUUCAUAAUACUUCCUCUUGGCUGGCCUCAUCUCUGGCAAUCUACAGACCUACUGUGCUCAAGUUCCUGGCAAACGGAUGGCACAAAUACCUCUCGGCUCUCAUGUGUAACACUGCUAUUUCCUCAUCAGAAUUUGAAGCCAGCACAUGUAUUCAAACUCAUCUACAAAAUGCCAUGGACUCUGGCUCUCCUUCAUCUUACAUCUUGAAUGAAUAUAGUAAAUUAAAUAGUGGAAUUGUUAAUUCAGGCAUUUCAGGUAAACCGGAGAAGAUCCCAAGAGUUUAUGACAUUGUUACACCAAAGAUUGAAGCGUGGCGCCGAGCACUGGAUCUGGUGCUGCUGGUGCUUCAGACAGACAGUGAAGUUAUUACUGGACUUGGGCACACACAGAAAAGCCCACAGGAACUAGAGGGCUAUUUAUUUUUGUAGUGUUACUAGCUAAGUCUUUGGAAAUUACUCUUUUAUAAUGUAUCAUGAUAAUAAUAAAUUUACUAGUAGCUAAAUUAUAAUGCCUUAAUACCAGCUAUAGGUUUAGUAUCCCUUAUUGAAACUAGCUGGGACCAGAAAUGUUUUGGGUUUUGGAUUUUUUCACAUUUUGUAAUAUUCGCAUAUGAGAUGAGUUGGGGGUGGGACCAAAGCCUAAACACAAAAUUUAUUUGUAUUUCCUAUACAGUGUGUACUUAGCCUGAAGAUAAUUUCAUACAAUAUUUUCAGAUUGCAGUAUUCUUUCUGUGACCUGUCAUGCAGUCACUUGUGUCAUGUUGGUGCUAAAACAUGAAAUAUUUCAAGUUUCAAAUUAGGGAUGUUAAAAAAAAAAAAAUAGGUGAUAUCUUCCGAUAACUGAGAUUUUACUCUACUUACAAGCUAACAAUUUUUAACCUGUUAUUGUUUCAUGGACUGUUACAGAAUACACAACAUACACAACACAUCUGGGUCAAAG